AUGGUGCUAUACAACACUUUGAUUUUGGAAAAAGAAUAUGACUAUAUAAUCGUUGGUGCAGGAUCCGCAGGGUGCGUUCUCGCCAACCGCCUCACGGCCGAUGGCACUGCCAGCGUGUUGCUUCUCGAAGCCGGAGGACUGGAGGACGCCGCUGCGCAGGUUCCCUUCUUCUCGGUUAUCUUGCAGGGCACCGAUCUCGACUGGGACUACUCCAGCGAACGACAGCACAACGCCAGCUUAUCCGUAGACGAUCAGACCUUCCGAAAUGUGCCACCUUCAACGGUCCUGGCCGCCGACGGCCUUCAUCCCAGCUUUGAAUGCGUGGCGACGCUGGCGCUUCAUUACAUCCUCCUGCUGACCACCAGGACAAGCCGCUGGCACCCACGCCGGCUAGCUCCACAGCCAGCAGGCAUGGCGACCACCGCUGGUUCCGACACUCGGCAGCCUGCCGGGAGCUCGAGCGCCGAGGAUGCCGACUCGCCGCACACGCCACUUCCGCAGGGAUACAUAAUAUCUUUAGACGCGUAUGUGCUGGUGGACUUGGUCUGGUGCAUCUACUUCCGCGACACAUUGAACGCCACCGUACACGCAUCCUCGGUAUGGAGCCGGCCUCUCUACCACCAUCGCAAGCACCCUCCGUACCGUCCAGGGAUGGCGUCCACGCCUCCUCGGCAGCUCUACGGCAGGGCUCUACCAGUGGUCUCGCCCAAGCUGAUGCAACAGCUCCAGGUUAUUAACGAGCGCCUUCGCAUCUGUCCGCAGUUGCGUUCUGUCUGGGAACGCCAUCCACGUUUCGCUAAGCGAGGAUGUCCUCCCACGCACUACUUCGACCUCCAGGCCCCCAAGCAUCAGUCACAGGCUUCCGGUUCAAGCUCAACGUCGGCGUACUCCGGCACCCAUAGCGAACCCGGCAUCGAGGCCUCAAAGACAGAGGCUGCAGCAGAGGCAUGCGGCGACAACGCGGGCGCUGUGCAGUACUGCGACCAUAGUAACAAGGGCCCAGCCGCGGUGUCUCUGCGGCUGCCCAUGGCCGAAGAGCAGCACAACAAGAACCCCACUAAUGCACACGCCAUUCCUGCCGCAACGGGGUGGAGGCCCCCAUUGCCAAGUGCCGUGGUUGUCCUCGUCAUCGGGAGUGCCAGGGGCGACAGGUUGCCAGGGAGGCAUCACAAGACAACCUUCACUGCAGGAUGCCUUUUGCCUGAGGCCAUCGCUCCACCAGGGGAGCAUAGCAGAACUUCGGCUGAAAUUAACAGAAUCCCCCGUGGCAAGGUGCUCGGUGGGUCGAGUUCCAUCAACCAUAUGAUCUUUGCUAGAGGAAAUCGAAAAGACUUUGACGCAUGGGCAUCUGAGUAUGGCGCGGAUGGCUGGUCAUACGACGAUGUGUUGCCAGACUUCAUCAGCAUUGAAACGUCGUACCUGGGCAUCGACAAUGGAUACCAUGGCGAAAGCGGGGAAGUUCCUGUCACUUUCCCUAGUUCGCAUACGACGGCUAGCAACUUGUUUUUAGAGGCUGGCCGGGAACUUGGUUACAACAACGACGACUACAAUGGGCCGAACCAGACAAGCUUUUCGCGAGUACAAAACAACAUAAAGAACGGAGAGCGCUGGAGUUCUAGUAGAUCUUUUAUUCCAAACGACGUCCGCAGAAGAAAAAAUUUCGACGUCGCACUUUAUUCCCAUGUGACAAAGGUUCUUUUUGAAGGCGCAACUGCUGUAGGAGUGGAGUACAAGCGCUACAUCGGAACACACUCCGUCCGGGCAAAGAAAGAAGUAAUUCUUUGCGCUGGAGCCAUAGCCUCUCCGCAGCUACUGAUGCUUUCAGGCAUAGGACCUCGAGAACAUCUCGAGUCUCUUGGGAUAAACGUAAUAGCGGACCUUCCUGUGGGAGAAAAUCUAUUCGAUCACAUCACCGUGAACGGUAUAGCGGCAACGUCUGCAGAGAACAUCGAAAUCAACUAUUAUUUACCGUCUACAAUACCACUAUAUUCACUGUUUAGAACAGGACCACUUAUUCAUGCUUUUGGUGUCGAAGGUAUUGCCUUCUUAAGCACACCAAACGUCGAUCCCACUCAUCCGAACAUUCAAUUUCUCUUCGUGACCCUGAAUCCCACUACUCCUGAAGCAGGAUACAUAGCCAGUGUAAUCGGAAUAUCACAGAUUUACGAAAAUUACUACAAGCUGAAGCAAGGGGAAAAUGUAUUAAUGAUUGUGCCAAUACUUUUGCGCCCAAGAUCAUCCGGUUACAUUCGGCUGAAAAGCACUGAUCCUGAAGAAUAUCCCAUUAUUGACCCUCGAUUUCUUACAGAUAUAACAGACCUUGACGCACUAGUCGAAGGCGCCAAGAUCGCCGUGCAGACAUUAGAAACUCAAGCUAUGAAGAAUGGCAACGUGACCAUUUGGGACGUUGCCCUGCCAGCCUGCGAGUCGGCAGGACCGUUGUGGAGCGACUCGUACCUGCGUUGCUUUGUGCAGCACACUUCACUCAGCGGUUGGCACCCAUGCUGCACUGCACCGAUGGGGACGCAUCCGCAGGCCGUGCUAGACGCCAGACUCAGGGUCCUUGGCGGCGUUAAUAAACUGCGCGUUGUGGAUGCCUCAUCGAUGCCUUACCUUCCAGCGGGAAACCUUAAUGCACCACUUAUGAUGAUGGGACACCGUGCAGCCGCCAUGAUUAUCGAGGACAACUCGGUUCAAGAGUAAAAACAAAUAAAACAGUGAAUAAUCUAUAUGCUGCCUUUAAAUAAAAGCUGAUG